AUGGGGCUGCUGCUGGACGAUGAGGACUUCGCCCCCCCGCGGAAGGUCACGCGGGUAGAACGUCAUGUGUUAACACCGGCGGCAGGCGACGGGAAAGAAAUGAACGCGACUCUGCAGGAACGUGCGGAGGAGCACAACUCCGGCAGCAGCACUAAUCACAGCGGAGGUUUCUCGGCCCCGCUUGAAAUUCCGCUCCGAGGUGGAGACGGUAUGGAGAAGAUGGCGGCCUUUGCGUUUGGGGCGGAACGCGCGUCCGUGAAACUUGUAGACGCCUCCCCGCCUCGGCUCAGGGAACGUCCCGGGGUCACGGCGUCGCAGGGCUCACUGAAUUCCUCGGAGAGACAGCGGGAUUCGCCACAGACGGUUGCCAAAUGCGUAAUGGCCGCCUCGCAGAGCAUUUAUGUCUCGCCCGACACCUUGCCGAACACCUCGUCAGGCUCGCCAAUGACGCAGGGGGCACACUCCUCCCCUUCUUGCACUCCCGACAACGCACCGCGCUCUCCCGCCGUUGUGAGCCAUGUUUCUCGCACGCUUUUUGUUGGCGCGGCGAAGAAUCUUGACACCCCCCCAGCUGCAACGGCGGGGGCGAAGGGCACCGAGGCAGCACCGAGGCCGCGGGUACAGAUGAAGCUCUCCGAUUUCUUCACGAAGAUGGCGUGCGCGAAGAAAUGA